AAAAUAUUCAUAUAAGUAUGCGUGCUGCUAGAGUGGGAGACAAAAGCUCCUCCAACCACGCUAAACCCUUCCUGGCCACCUCUUGUUCCCUUCCCAAAAGACAUUUCGCAAAGCUCCAAAACCGCGUCCAACAGCUCGACCAGCUCGAUUGACCCGCUCAACCAGCUCCUACAGCUCCCAGCACAGGCAGCCCACCAUGCCGGCGUUCAAAGAUGAACAUAUACUGAUUAUUGCGCCGGGUUCGCAAACCACCCUGGCGCAAUUAGGUCUGCCCGAAUCCUUCACGCCUGCGAAAUUCCGAUUCCCGACUCGCAUGUUCCCGGCUGAAAAGAAGGGCGAAUGGGAACCGUACAAAAUUCGUGAGAAGAUCGUGGUGAGGAAGGCCGCGCCCGCGACAGUCCCCGCACCCGCCACUACCACUGCGACGACUGAUACCACCGCGACAACCGAUGCGCCAAAGGAGGAUGGUGUUGAAGUUCAACCAGAUGUUGAGAUGAAAGAUAAACCAGAUGUUGAAAUGAAAGAUAAAUCAGAUGUUGAAAUGAAAGAUAGCACCGAAGCAGAACAGCCAGCAGAGGACGCGAAAGCAGGAGAUGCAACGCAAGACGAGAAGAAAGCGGACACCACCACCGCCACUACCACUACCAACAUCGUUGAAAAUGGCCAAGAGGGAACCACCGCUACCAACGCUGAGCAGCCAGAGGAGGAACAAAUAAUAUACGAAGAAGAUCCAACGUCAGACGAAGGCGCCGUCUACCCGAUCCGCAACGGCGAAAUCGUCGAGUGGUCGUGUUUCUUCGCCCUCCUAUCCCACAUCUUCAAGACCCUCAGUCCGCCCUUUCACACCCCCAUCAUGUUUAUCGCGCAGCCGGUAUGGACCGCGCGGGAUCGCGAGGCAAUCACUCAGUUCGUCUUUGAGAAAUUCCAAACGCCCGCGUUCUGUCUGAUGGACUCUGCCUUGGCCGUUUGCUACGCGUACGGCACCGCAAACGCCACGGUGAUUGACAUCGGUCAUGGCAAGGCGGACGUCACUGCCGUGACGGAUUUCAGUGUCAACGAGCAUGGCAGGGGAUUGGCGCUGGCGAACUGCGGCGGCGAGGCGAUGACGGACCGGCUGGAAGAGUUGCUGGGUCCCAAGGGUUUAACGCGCGAUAUGUGCGAGCAACUAAAGAGGAGCAAUAUCUGCGAAAUCCUCCCUGCGAAUAUUCCGCUUCCGGGAAGUUCGGAGACGGCGUCGCAAAUACCGAAUUCGUCGGAUGUGCUUGGUGCAGCGGGCCCCUCGAAGCCUGUCCCGGGGCUUGCGGGCAAGGGAGCUGAGGCGGCGAAUGUGAUGGGGGAGGACAAUGAUGAUGAAGGCGUUCUUGACGUGGCAGCUAUCGUUAGUAGUGGUAAUACGAGCGAAUAUCUUGCCCGGAGAGAACGGGAGAAAGCCGAGCGGACGUCUGCGAAGAAGGGAGCUACGGAUGCUGCUACGGGAAAACCAAUUCGGUUACCCAACUACAAAAAGGAGCUGGCGACGUUCCAGUAUCAUGAGUUUGUUAAAGUUGAGCCUAAGGAUGUGAACGCACAGAGCACUACUGCCCAGUAUAUUCGGCAGAGGCGCGAUAUCGAGGUUGGGAUUGAACGAUUCCUCGCACUAACCCCCAGCGAGACGAAGUCCAAGGACCAGUGCAGCUACGGCAUUCUCGACACACUCGCCGCCCAAAUCCACCAUACCAUCCUUUCAGUCCCCGAUGCGCCCAAGCGCAGCGAAUUAUGGGACUCCUUCAUCAUCCUUGGAAACGGCAGCAAAAUAAAAGGCUUCCCCCAAGCCCUCCUCGCAACCAUAACCCAAAAAUACGUCCUCUCCCCUUCGUCCGGAACAAUCUUCACCUCCGAAUUGCCCUCGCAAAUGUCCACACCACUCCCAACCGGCGGCACAAACACGCCAGCCCACCUCCAGAACCCAGGCCCCCUCCACCAUCCAGCAGCCCACGGCGUAAACCCCCUUCUCGUCGCCGCCACCCACGCCAACAACCCUUCAACCCCCAACCACCUCAAUCCCCAUGACCCCCACGGCACGAACUCCCCAGCAGCUGCAGCUGCCGCUCACCACCACCAACAGCACCACCGCUCAACCGGCCACUCACAAACACCUACCUCCAUCCGCCUCCUCAAGCCUCCCGAAUACUUCCCAGAAUGGAAGAACCAAGGCAUCAGCGGCUCAUCCAGCGCAAUCGGCGUGGGCGGCUUGCAGGUAUCCUCAUCAGCAGCUGCAGCUAGUGCGACAGCUGGGGGUGCCGGGGGCGCGGGAGCGGGAGCGGGAGCGGGAACGUCGCUGCUUCCGGGGCUAGGUGGCUCGGGCGGGCAGAAUGUGGGGAUGGAGGAGGCGACGUUUUUGGGGGCGCAGGUUGCGGCGAAGGUUGUGUUUGUGAUUGAUCAGGGGGUUAGUAAGGGGUUUUUGAGCCGUGUGGAGUAUAACGAGGCCGGGCCGGCGGGGAUUCAUGAUUGUUCGUUGUAGGUUGUAGGGUGCGUGGGUGGGUUCGUUUUCCUAUAUGUAUUAUUGUAACCACGAUGAUCGAGCGAGUGUGGAAAAAAAAGGAAUUUUUGUUGCCUUUUCUUUUCGGAAAUUUACGGCGGAACCUUUUAUAAAUUUGGGAAUGGGACUGGUGUUUUUUUGGGGGGCGUGAUACAUAUAUUCCCUCUUGUUCUUGUUUUGCUUUCUCUACCCCCCUGUUCUUCGGGUUGCUCUUCUUUUUUUUGUCGCCCUCAAAAUGUAUCAAGCUAGAUAUCUACCUCAGUACAUCUUUUACUACACCAAUUGAGAUCGACUGAUUCUAAACU